AUGGAGAAACCACAACUGCCACCGAAACCAGAUGACUGGAAACCUGAACAACAUUUCACGGAUGUCGACUUGCCGGACAAGAUUCAUCUUUUGAGAUCUGAGGAUGUUCAGGAUCUCCUGACCAAGUACAGCGACAAGCUACAACAGUUCAUUCUCCGCUUCCACAGCUGCGAAUCAAUCAAAGAAGACGCUGCAAAUGAAAAGGAAAAGUUGAAUCAGCUUUUAGAAGAAUUCAAAGACUUAGAUUGUCGAAGACAACGUGUGGCCAAGAGCUUGGGUGAAUACAAGGUUUUAGAAACUCAAUAUAUUACCAAAUGGCAAGAACUACACCACUUGAUGUCUACGGUUUUUAGCAACAAUGCGCUCACUAGACAACUACAAUCCGACUUGCAUGAUCUAGAGGAAAAAAGCCAUAAUGUUAACAAAAAAAGUCAGCUAGACAUUGACGAAUUCUUAGAUACAUACGUGAAGCUUCGAACUAAUUAUCAUCUGCAAAGAGAAAAGCUAGAGACUUGGACUAAAUUUAAUUCUCUAGCGAAUGAAUCAAAAUAA